CUAGAUCUAAUGAGCCUAUUUAUGAGACACAACAUUUUCGCGGAAAGGGAAGUAACCCAGCAGUAAAUUCAGUUCAAGAACAAAGCAAGAUGUCGGGAGGUGAUGGAUUAAGCAGUAAUCUAUCAGAAUUAGAUCAAUUAUUACAAGAUUUAAACUCAGCACAGUUUAUGAAUGAAGUAGACAAGAAAAAUGCUGUGAAUGGUCCAGUUAUUAAUGGUAUAAACAAAGCCCCACCCCCAUCAGUUGCCCCUAAACCAGUACGAGCUAAUGAAAGAGCUACAGUUGAAAGUUUAUUAAAUGAAUUAGAUACAUCAGUUCCUCAUCAACAUCAUGGAAAUAAUAUGAGGGGAGAUAACUACACUGAAGUAUCACAGACUACAGUACAGCAAUAUAAACAAUAUAAUGAACCUCAAUCACCAGUUAGACCAUAUCAAGGUGCUUCCACAGCUACUAAAGAACUUGAUGACUUAAUGUCUUCACUCUCAGAAUUUAAGUCCACAUCCUCUCACAUAGCUGCAUCUAACAAGAUGUCCAAAUAUAAAAGAAGUUCCCAUCAACCUCAACAGAUCCAGUCAGAACCUGCUUAUGCCAAACCUCAAAAAAGUCGAAAUUAUUCAUCAAAUGGACCAUCAAGUCCCCCUGGACAACAGAGUCCUCAUGGUCAUUAUAGUCCUGUAGGUCCUAGAAGUCCUAGCAGUCCUGUACCAAGAAGUCCCGGUGGUCAGCCAAAUCAACUAGAAACUAUGUUAGGUGAUCUACAGACUGAUAUGAAUAAACAAGGUGCUAGUGUUAAAACUAAAGGAGUUUGUGCUGCUUGUAAUAAAUCUGUAGUAGGACAGGUUAUAACAGCUCUAGGUAAAAUCUGGCAUAUUGAACAUUUUACAUGUGCCCAUUGUAACAAUGAAUUAGGAACACAGAAUUUCUAUGAAAGAGAUAGUGCAGCCUAUUGUGAAACAGAUUAUCAUAAUUUAUUCGCACCAAGAUGUGGAUAUUGUAAUGGACCUAUUGUAGAUAAAUGUGUAACGGCCUUAAAUUCUACCUGGCAUCCAGAACAUUUCUUCUGUGCCCAGUGUGGACAACCAUUAGGUGAUGAAGGUUUCCAUGAAAAAGACGGCAAAGCUUAUUGUCGUGAUGAUUAUUAUUCAAUGUUUGCCCCGAAAUGUGGUGGAUGUGGCCGACCUAUCAUGGAUAACUAUAUUUCAGCUUUAAAUAGACAUUGGCAUCCUGAAUGUUUUGUUUGCUGGGAUUGUCACUGUCCGUUUGGAGGUGGAAGUUUCUUUGAUCAUGAAGGUUUACCCUAUUGUGAGACUCACUACCAUGCCAAGAAAGGUUCACUGUGUGCUACAUGCCAAAAACCUAUUACAGGUCGCUGUAUAACUGCUAUGUUUAAAAAAUUUCACCCAGAACAUUUUGUUUGUGCCUUCUGCUUAAAACAACUUAAUAAAGGCACAUUCAAAGAUCAAAACGAUAAGCCCUAUUGCCACCCAUGUUUUGUUAAGUUGUUUAGUUAGAUCAUAUUUUGGAAUAAUUUCUGUUAUUUUUGAUAUAUAACAUGUAUUAUAGUUUUACAACUUAAAUCAUUUUCUCAAUCUGAUUAAAUAUAAUCACUAUGUUUCAUUUUUCUACUGUGUUAUCUUUGUAUAUCAGAAUCUUAAAGACAUUUUUAAUGUUGUUAAGUUCAGCAUUAUGAUAUGAUACAACCAAUCAAAUGCUUUGUUAUUCAAACAUUUUCUACAUUCAAUUGUAACAGAGAAUUUGAUAAGUUGAACUCAAAUUGCAUGAUCAUCAAAAUGUUCUAAGAUCUAUCAUGAGUGAGGUAUUCCACACACACAAAAAAAGAAACGAAAUAUGCUGCGUUUUAAUCAGAUUGUAUUUUUGUUGUUGAUUUGAGAAUUAUCUCCUAGGUUAGGCUUCCUGUAUAUAUUUAUAUUGACUUAUUAUGUACAGCUUAUGACAAUAUAUACAUAGCUUUUAAUUAAACAGCUUAUAAUUCAAGUUAAUGAAGGGAUUGUAGAAAGGUUAAUUCCAAAUCCAUAUUCUGUUUUGUUUGAAAUACAAACAUUUCAAGAUCCAAAUGGGUCUGAAAAGAUUAGAAAACCCUGUUGCAAACAUGAUGCCAGUCACUGAAAACCAUUCACAAAACCAACAAUCUAUGUUCUGCAUAAUUUCCAAUGUUUGAACUUAUGGUUACUUGAGCUUUUAAGCUUUGUAAGAAUGUGGUGAAAAUUAUUAGAUUUCAGAUUAGAGAAUGAGAAUUACUUUUGCCACCUGAACAAAUAUAUUCAAUUCACAGUGAACCAUCAUUUAUUGCUGUAAUAAACACAGAACUUUUAAAAGUUUCAUUGAUAAUAAAAUUAUGAAGGCUACCAUUUUAAUUGAUUUGGUUCAUGCCACAUUGAUUCCCUAUUGUUAAGCAAAAUAGUCAAAUGUAAUUAUAAUUUAUACAUUCACACAUUAAUCAGAUAUGUUACUUUAAUACCAUUAUACCAUAUUUUAUGUAUAACUUCAGUUUAUACUAUAACUUAUAUUAAUUUAAUAUAUCACUCCCAGUAGAGUAUAAUAAUGUUAGGUUACUUAGCUCUUACCAUUUGAUACAAUUACUAUUCCUGGUUAUAUAUUAAUGUAAUGAGUAAUUGUGAGUUAAGUAAUGCAUGUCCAUUUUCAUUAUAUACAUAUAUAUACAUUUGGCACCAG